UCGAACGGUAACUUGUGUUUUUAAACGAAAGCGAUGGCUUUGACCGUGUGAUACCAAAUUAAUUCAUGAUUAGUCCCUGUUUCGUGCCGAAAAUGAAUUAGCUCAUAUAAGAAUCAUGGUGUUUGAGUCGUAUGUUGUCGAUCUUUUGAACAAGUUCGCCGGCCAGUACUUGGAGAAUCUCGAUACUUCCCAGUUGAGGCUUGGGAUCUGGGGAGGAGAUGCCCAACUGGAAAAUUUGAUUCUUAAGGAAAGCGCCUUAGAUGACCUAGAUUUGCCUGUCAAAGUUCUACGUGGACAUUUAGGCAAACUGGUGCUGAAGAUACCCUGGAAAAAUCUGUACUCAGAACCUGUUGUUGCACAGGUAGAUGGACUUUACUUACUUGUCAGACCAAAUACUGAUAUUAAGUACAAUGCUGAGAAAGAGGAAAAAGCCAAUCAGGAGAGAAAGCAAAGACAGCUGGAAGCAGUGGAGCUUGCUCGACAGAUUGAAGAGGAAAAGAAAAAGCAGAAUGGGCAGCAAAAAGAUGAAAAGUCAGACAGUUUUGUGGAGAAGUUAGCCAUGCAGAUUGUCAAAAACCUUCAGGUCUCAGUUCGCAAUAUUCACAUACGAUAUGAAGACUCUGUUACUAACCCUGCUGCACCAUUCUCAAUUGGAGUGACAUUGGAGAAUUUGUCAGCUGAGUCCACAGAUGAAAAUUGGAAACCCUCAAUUGUGGGUACAAGUGUGAAAAUUGUACACAAGCUUGUCAAACUUGACAGUCUCGCCAUUUACUGGAAUACAAAAGAUCAUAUUGGAAAACUGCCAACGCAAGAGGACUGGGUGAAUCAAGCCAAGGGUGGGAUAGCAAUCAGAACGAAACAGCAUUUCUCUCCUCCUGAUUUUAAAUACAUCUUGCAGCCAAUCUCAGCCACCACCCAAGUGAAGAUGAAUAUCAAGCCAGGUUCUGAUUUGAGUAUCCCAAAGAUUUUCUUAAGCUUGGUCUUGGAAGAGAUAUCUCUAGUUUUGAUGAGACAGCAGUACCAUGAUAUGAUUGAGUUGCUGGAAUCCUUCGACAGAAUGACCACAAAUUCUGUGUUUAGAAAGUACAAACCAAAUGUCCCUCUACAUGGACAUGCUGCACAGUGGUGGAAUUAUGCAAUUACAAGUAUUCUUGAGGAAGAUGUUCGGAGGAGAUUAAGAAACUGGUCCUGGACACACAUGAAGGAACACAGGAGUCUCUGCAGGGAAUACAAAAUUUUGUACAUGAAAAAGUUACUGGAAGACAAAGCUUCUGAAUCAUUGUCAAAACACCUAGAGGUACUUGAGAGCAAGUUGGAUGUGUUGAAUAUCACCAUUUGUAGACGCCAGGCUGCUUAUGAGGGAGCUGCAGCAUUAAGGAAAAAGAAGAAGAAAGUGGAAGAGAAGAAAAGUGGCAGUUGGUUUUCUGGAUUCUGGGGCUCCAGUAAAAAAAGCAAGAAGGAGGAGGAUAAAUCAGAAAUUUUAACUGAAGAUCAGAAAAAAGAGGAACUGGAGAAGUUGUACAGUGCCAUUGGUUACAGUGAAGGAGAAACCAUUACAGCAUUCCCCAAGGAGUAUGUGGAAAAUAAAGUUGAGGUGAAAUUGAAACAGAUAAGUGUGGCUCUAAGAGAUGAUGCAGCUGUCAAGUUAGUUGAUGUUGCCAAACUGAGUUUCCAGGAUCUUUGUGCAGAGCUCUCCCAAAGACCAUCAGCACAAGCAAUCAAGCUGUCAGCAAAGGUUGGCCAGAUGAAGAUGUUUGGUUCAGCUGAUGCUGUAGAUGGAAAAAUGCCGCUCAUGAUAACCUCUCAAGAUGAUAAACUAGCAAGCCAAUAUCCUCUUUUUACUGUAUGGUUUGAGACCAACCCAUUGGACGGAAAGUGUGACCAGAGAGCUAAAGUGACAUCUCAACCUGUCAAAGUUGUGUAUGAUGCCAACACAGUGGAUCAUAUCGUCACUUUCUUUAAACCUCCAAAAGAUGUCCAUCUCCAGGAGCUGUCAGCCGAGGCAUACUCAAGACUAGAAGAUCUUAAGUCAGUGUCCAAAGCAAGUCUGUAUUAUGCAAUUGAACACCACAAGAUAACAGAUGUGAAUGUGGAUGUGAAGUCUCCAUUUGUCAUCAUACCAGAGGGAGGCACCUUUAAGAAGUCAAGCAAUGUGCUUGUCAUUGAUCUUGGGCAUGUGAAGAUCACCAGUGAUCCAGACCAAGAGAGGAUUGUAUCCACAAAGGAUCUAAGCGUGGAGGAGUUGGAGUCGAAGUGUUACGAUAAGUUUGAUUUUAAACUGGAAGACCUUCAAAUCCUCAUCGCAAAAGCAGAUGAAGACUGGCAGGCCGCAAGAAAGCAGGUCAACUCUAAGAUGCAUAUUCUAGAUCCGAUGGGAAUUGACAUGAAGCUUCAGAAAGCAUUAAAUCCUGACGACAUCAGGCUUGCACAGAUCACACUCUCUGGAACCCUUCCAACUGUGAAAGUCCAUGCCUCUGAUGAGAAGCUUCUUCAGGUUAUUAAGCUUGCUACCAGCAUCCCAAUACCAGGAGGUGAACAAGCUUUGAAACAAAUGGAUAAAAAACCAAUGGACAUUCCUGGUGAAAAUCGCCGGUAUGCAACUGCAAGGGCUGAUGGUGACGUAACACAGUUGGGUGUUUUGGAAGGUGCUACAGGAGAACAAGAUGACGCAGCUGAGGAAAUGGAUGAAAUAUUCCAGACGCCACCUGAAACUCUAACCGGAGAAUCCAGCCUUGAACGAGCUAAGAGUGAAGAAAAAAAGGCUAUGGCCCAACAAGUUAAAGUUUCGCUCAAGUUUAAGAUAGAAGAGAUAUUCGUUGAUUUUAGCACAAUGGAUAGUGGAGGGAAAUUGACGCCUUGUCUUGCGCUGCAUGUCAAAGGCCUGGGUACCGAUGUUGUCAUGCAUCCUUGGGAUCUUUCAGCAAGUGCUUCUUUGUCUUCUCUGGCCAUAGUGGAGAAGAUCCAUGGAACUGGCGGAGGUCCUCUUUAUCUUGUGCAGACGCCUGUUGGGGCAGAGCUACUCUCUGUUAAAUUUGUUAUGGUGGAAUCAGACCACCCAGAGUACAGCUCAACAUUUAAGUCCACUAAGCAGUCUGUUGCUGUGGAAUUUUCUUCACUGCAAGUAAAACUGCAUCAAGAAGCUCUGCUCAACAUCAUCGAUGUUUCAGCCAAAAUGCUGCCGCCUAGUGAAGAGACUCCAGCUCUGUUACUUGUGUCUGCUGACGAUACAAAAACGGAAGGCAGAGAUGAAAAUAAAACGUCUGAGCUAUCUACGCCUAAAGGCAAAAAGAAGAAAGAUAUUAAAGAUGAAAUACAGAUUGAAGUGACGGCAAAGCUGGGAGGGAUCGAUGUUACAGUGACAUCUGUUGAGGGUGAUUUGACGCAUGUAAUUAUUGGAGAUUUGUCCGCUGGCUGUGUUGUUAGAGACAGCAGAACAGACGUUAUGGCCAGUAUGAAAACUUUGUCAGUGAUGGAUUCUACUCCUGGGGCGGUAUAUCCGAAGAUAGUAUCCCUCGUGAACGAGGAGGUGUUUAGCCUUCAGGUUAUUGCACACAAUGAUGCAACUGUCGGCAUCAAGUUUAGAGACAUGGAAGCUGUAGAUCUGAAAUUCGAGAUGGCAAUUGGUUGUAUCCGUGUCAUCUUCCUAAACAAAUUUGUCAUGAGGCUGCUGGACUUUUUGAACAAGUUUCAGCGGGCAAAGGAUGCCAUGGAGUAUGCCAGAAAAACUGCAGCUGAGUCAGCCAGUGCAACAAUUCAGAGUUUGCAAACUCAAAGCUCAAGAAUAAGCUUGAAAGUUUCUAUCCAAGCACCUGAGGUUAUCAUCCCUGUGAGUGCGACGUCUCGCGAUGCACUUGUUGCAAAUCUCGGUCACCUUAGUGUGUCAAACACCUUCAACCUUGCACAUGAUGGGGAGGAUCCUGAAGGAAGUGAUACUGUUGUUAUUGACAACAUGGUGGUGGAUCUUAGUUCUGUAAAACUGUUGAGAGCUGUGAUGACUGAUGGAGAAACCAUAGGACCUACUCAACUGGUCCUUGAACCAGCGAAUCUGACAGUUCAUGUGGCUCGAAACUUGUCUCCUUGGUAUCACGAUGUGCCUGAUAUUGAUGUGAAGGGAAAGCUUCAUGCAGUUAAGUUAUGUGCUGGUGAAGAUAAAAUAAGAACUAUACUAGGGAUCUUGUUCAAGAAUCUCAAUGAAGGAGUCACAUCUCGCACAGUUGCAGAGGAGAUAAACACCAUAGCACAAGAUACAGUUGAUUCCGCGGGCGUUGCCAGUCAAAGCCUGAGUGUUGCAGAACCAGCUUCGAGUGAUGUUGUGUGGGACUUUGUGAAAUUUUCAUUUGAGAUUGAAGAAGUUUCAGCUGCAGUGUUCUGGGAGGAAAAGCCUACCGGCACCACGUCAUCUAGAGAUGCAGAAUGCUGUUUAGGGCAGUUCUCGCUGGUCCAGGUUAAAGCCUCAGGGAGUAUCAAAUCCAACUCGGCAAUAAAGGCCAGUGUGACGUUAGAGAGUUGUAUUCUCGAUGAUAAAAGGCCGCAGAGUGAGGAAGGAGUCACAAGGAUGAUUGAAAAGUUUAGUGGUGGUUCAAGUGAUGUUGAAAACAUGAUCGAUAUUCAGUUCCAGCAAACUGCUGCUCAGGACAAAAACAUUGAGAUGGCAAUACAGAGCUUCAACGCUGUAGUAAACUUGGAGUUUCUACUGGUUCUGUCUAAAGUGUUUACGUCAGCGUUAGCCACGGAUGAAUCAGACAGCACGUCAUUGCUUGCCUCUCAACACGUAUCUCAGGAGGUGGCCGUUACACAUCCAUCUGUAUCUGUUGCGACCACCGAUCACGAACCACCACAAAUCGACGUUAAGAUCGCCAUUAAAGACCCAGAAAUUAUCUUGCUAGCAGACGGAAGAGACAAAAAUACCAAUGCUCUCUUCUUGAAGAAUACAAUCGAUUUCCGCUUUGUUCAGGGUCUUGGACAGCAAAAGAUGUCGGGUUCUGUUUCAGAUGUCGUAAUUACCUCAGCAUCGUUUGACAAGGAGAGAAGAGCUUCAACGAAAUCCAGGGUUCUUCAGCUUUCGCAUAUAUCUUUUGUAAGCUCGGCGCCAGAAGGCGGUAGCAUGCAUAUUGACGUAUCGACAGCAAUGGCGUACAUACACGUGUCGCCUCCUACAAUCAGGACAUUAACAGCGUGUCUGAUGUCAUUAGCCCCAGCUAAGACGGAAGAAGACGGAAAGAAGGCAACUGAAAGUGCCGUAGACUUAUGGAAUGAAAAGCCAAUUACAACUAAGGAUCGAUGGUAUUUAUCCCCAGUUCCAGAAGACCAGCUUGUUCCUGGGAGACGGGUGCUUGCCAGAGCUUUGACAAACAUGAAGUUUUAUGAUCCGGGAUAUAUUUACAUGGCUUUGGAAAACAUGAUUGGUGUCCACUUUGACGGCGGCCUCCCCUGCCCCUAUGAUCCAAAUGACAUCACCGCUAUGAUGGUGGAUAAAGACCCUGAUCCUCAAGCUCUGGUUGUUGGUACACCUGUGGUGGCCAAGCGUUCAAACGAUUCAUCUCAUGUCGAAGGAAAAGUGAAAGAAAGGAAAGAGGAGAAUGGAAAGGAAACAUAUUUAAUUGACUUUUGGGAUGGCAUCGAACAAUGGGACACUCUAGAUCAGAUUCGUAUUCUCACCACCAGUAAGCCAGGAGUUCCUAGGGGGCAGAUUGAAGUGUCAUCCAUCGUAUUUGUCAGAUUAAAAGACGACAUGUACAGGAGAGGUUUUGUCUCCAGCAAAACUUUCAGGAAACAUGUGAUACGGUUAAUCGGUGAAGUGGCCACCAUCAGUGUGGACGCAAACGACAGUGCGGCGGUAGUACCAGAUGUUAUCCCAGAUGCAGCUUCUCUUACUGUUGGAAGAACAGUUAUUGCUACAGUUGACACUGCUUUUUGGGAGGCGGGAUUUAUUGUUCAGAUUCGGACACGAGAUGAACCAGGACAGGACAUUUACCGCGUCAGGUUCUUAAAUGGUGGCGAUACGUGGAUUUUUAACAUCAACAACAUCCGUAUCUUGAUGGCAAGGAAACCCAAUGUCCCAGAAGGCAUUUUAGACGUAGGCACAGUGGUGUGGGCACACACGUCCAAAAUACGUUACUACAAAGGAUUUGUUGCCUACAAAGGAACAAAGCUGCAUGUUGAUCUCUAUGACGGAGAUAAAUUUGUGUACGAAAUGAAAGAUGCGUCACGCAGAGUGAUUCCUGAUGUGCCGCCAAAGGCGGCAGAUAUCAAACCUGGAACCAGAGUCAUAGCCAAGUUUAAGAACAAGCCUCGGUACUACAGUUCUACAGUGAUGGAGGUGGACGCCUCUGAGCCAAGCGAACCGAUGUAUCAUGUGAAGCUUGACGAUGGAGAUGAGACGUGGGAUUCUUUGUAUCAUCUCAGACUUUUACCCAAAGAGGUUCAAGUUGGAGGUGAGGAGAAGCCUCCUAACCAUGUUAAUGCCAACGAGGCUGGGAACCAUAAAACAGAAUUGUUGCUUUUUGAAAUGGAAGGAUUUGACAUCAAGCUAGAAGGUUUGUUUGGCAGCCAAGUGAUUCCAUUGCUGUCCGUUGAUGGAUCCAUCCAAGGAGAAGUUCGGAACUGGUCUUCGGCAUUGUCAGUCCAUGCUGGAGUCGACGUCAUUGGAAACUACUUCAACGAAAGUGUGUCUGAAUGGGAACCUCUUAUUGAGCCGGUGGAGGAUGAAAACAGCACUUAUCGACAUUGGGAAGUUAAUUUUGACCUAUCUUUAGCAAAUGGUGGAGAUGAAAGCAGCAGUUUGGAUGACAAUUCAGAGGCAGCCAUGACUAUGGCAGUUCGAUCAAAGGAUGAAUUACAGCUGACUGUAACAAAAACAUGUCUGGACAUCUUCACUAAACUCGGAGCGGCUUUCAAAGAGGCUGUUACUCUGAAGGGUACAGGAGUGGUAGCCAUUGAAGAUGUUCCACCCUAUCAGAUAUGGAAUGAGCUUGGAAUGGAAGUGAAGCUUCGUCCGGGAAAACAGCUGAUUGCAAGUGGAGCUGAUCAAGAUGGCAUGGUUACAGUGCUUCCAGGUCAAAGCCUUUCCCUACGCUUUGCCAAAGGAAUUCACAAGAGAACCAGCCGAUACGAAAGAGCAAAUAGUACUUCCGGAGGAGGGGGGCCUAGUAUUGGUGUUGAGGUGCAAGGCUAUCAUGCGAUGAAGCCUGUCUCAAUCAAACAAGCAAGAGUUAUCUUGCAAAAUGUUGUCCCAAAAAAGCUCCUCUCUGGACUGAUUGUAUCAGUUGUGAUUCAAGUGGAAACUGGAGACGGCCAGAAGAUAGUUACUAUCAGAUCACCCUUACAGGUGAACAACCACUUCCCGAUCCCAAUGGACUUAUUUUGCAAGAAGGAAGAUCAGUUGUCCCGUGUUACAACAAUUGAACCAGACAGUGUGUUCAGUGUUCCCCUGAUACUGGCUCACAAGGCUGCACUUUACCUUAGACCUGCCGGAUUCGGGUAUGGAGCGAGUACGACACCGCUGUUGUGGAACAAGUUGGCAUCUGAGGGGUCUUCUUCAGUCCAGUGUCCACCCCCGGGCGGCGAGGGACCACCUUUUCAUAUCGCGGUUGAUUGUGAACAAGUGUCGUACAGUGCAGUGCAUGGAUCCUUGGAGCAUGCGCCAAACUACGUCCUACACAUCUACCCAUCGGCUGUUCUACAUAACUACUUGCCAUAUAAUAUUCUCUACAGUACACCGGAUACGCCUCUUGCUGAACUUAAAGGUGGCGACAAAUGGCCUUUGUUUUCUGUCAGUCUUCAUCGAAAAGUCAAUCUUUACAUUCAGAUUGACAAUUAUCAAGGGAGCAUGUGGAAAGGCCAGGUUGAACUUCUCAAGGGAAUGGACGAACUCACAACAUUUACCUUGGAAUCAACUCAGGUGGCGGCUUAUGGAAAGCACUUGAGACUGGGAGUGUUAGCCACAUUUGAUGGGACAAUGAAAAUUACCUUGUACUGUCCUUACUGGAUGGUCAACAAAACUGGACUUUAUCUGGAAUACAAGGCGCCUGAUGACGAGACUGUUUUACCUCAUCCCGUUUCCUUGACCGAGCCAGUCAUGUUUUCUCACCGAGGAAAAGGAGUGGCCUUUGUUCGUCUUACCGAAUCAGAUUGGUCCAAUAAAUUUUCUCUGGACGCGGCAGGCAGUGGGGGAGCUCUAAAAAUCACGAAGGAUGGGAAAUUGUACGAGAUUGGUAUGCAGACAACCCUAUCCUACUUCAGUUUAACCAAGAUUGUGGAAUUCACGCCGUUUAAUCUGAUAAAUAAUCACACAGAGUACACAGUGUCGCUGUCGGACUCGAAGGGGCCAGACUCGAAGUGGACUAAAGUUCAACCAGGAGAGUGUGUACCAUUCUGGCCAAAUUCGUUCCCAUCCAAGAACUUGGCUAUCAGAGUUGGGGACAAUGAAGAAGUAUCACCAAGCUUUGACUUCGAACCCGACAUCACCUUGCUGCUGAGAAUGAACGGAAAGGUGGGGGCUGUGUGUGCCGACAUGCGCACAAAAGAUAAUGCAGCUAUCAUAACUAUCACACCAUACUUUACCGGAGCAGCUACCGUUCGACUGGAGAACUGCACUCAGCUAGACAUCUUCUAUAAACAGAAAGAGUGUAAGGAACAUUGUUUACAUCCUAACCAGAGCGUUUUGUUCACAUGGGAUGAACCCUUAGCUUCGAGAGAGUUUGUCUGGUUUGUCAAAGGAUCUGAAGAGAAAAUCACCACUGAUUUGUCAAAAACGGGUUUUGACAAGUUUGAGAACCAUGGUAAGAAGUUUUACUAUUCCACCUUCCUGGACGGUCUGCAGCGCGUGCUCCUCAUCAUUGAUGACUUUACACUGGCGUUCAGAGCUCAAGUGGAACUAAAGGAGCGCCCCUCACAGUGCAUCACUUUGGCACUUCAGGGAGUUGGCUUGUCUCUUGUGAACAAUGAAAAAAGUAUCGAGGUGGCAUACAUCGGAAUUAAACCGAGUGAUAUUAUCUGGGAAGAGCAGAAGAAGAAAGGAAGAUGGAAGGCACUCAAGUUACGCCUCUGCAAUGAAUUAGAAGCUGGUUGGAAUAAAUUGCAGCAAGAUAUUGCCGUAGGAGCCACAGCCAAUUACAUCUAUAAGAGUGGCGACUUGGAGGUUGAUUUUAAACAAAUGGAGAUUGUCCGGCCUACACGCCAGCACAUCAGAAGAACAUUUACUCCAGGAAUUUCAUUAGAGUAUACAUCUUCGCCAAAUGAACUCACACUUUCUACAAAGAUCAAUUCGGUUCAGAUGGACAGCCAAGUCCCAGGUGCCACCUUCCAGACAGUACUCUUCCCAGUGCCCCCUCCAAAGUCAAUCGCCGCUGAUAGUGAACCAAAGCCGUACAUUGAAGUGAGUUUAGUCGCAAAGCAAGAGGAGCACACGCACGUGAAUGAGAUCAAGUACUUCAAGGUUCUCAUUCAAGAGAUGGACGUAAAGGUCGAUAUGGGCUUUAUCAUGGCCUGUAUUGGAUUAUUUUCGUUUGACACUAUUGACACAGGCCAAGAGUCCAGCCAGUAUGCUUUGGACAAAAAAAUGGUUCAUGACAAGCUUGGAGAGGCGUUUGCCGUUCAGGCUGCCCUAAGUACUGACAGAAAUUUUUUCGACUUCUUCCAUCUAUCACCAUUGAAGAUUCAUGUUAGUUUUUCUCAGCUGGGUGGCGGCGCUGAGGCCAAAAAGGCUCAGUCAGCUAUCGGUGGCAGUUUUGUAAGCAUGUUGCUCAAGAGUGUCGGAGUAGCAGUCACUGAAGUACAAGAUGUAGAAUUCAAGCUAGCUUAUUUCGAAAUAAAGGACAAAGUUUAUACGCAGCAGCAGUUAAUGGAAGUCGCCAUCAAGCAUUACAAAAGUCAGGCACUGAAGCAGUUAUACGUGUUAGUACUGGGGCUUGAUGUAUUAGGAAAUCCGUUUGCUUUGCUUACCGGCCUGAAGGAAGGAGCGAGAGACUUCUUUUACGAGCCCUACCAGGGUCUUAUCCAGGGUCCUGGCGAGUUCGCAGAGGGUUUGAUGAUUGGCGCAAAGAGCUUGUUUGGUCACACUGUUGGUGGUGCGGCUGGUGCAGUCUCUCGUAUAACUGGAACGCUAGGCAAAGGUAUCGCGGCACUAACAAUGGAUGAUAAAUACCAACAGGAGAGGAGGCAGGCGAUGGGAAAGAAACCUGUUAAUGUCAAAGAAGGACUCACAAGGGGUGGGAAGGGACUACUUGAAGGCGUUGUGGGAGGUGUGACAGGAAUAGUAACCAAACCAGUGCAGGGCGCAAAGGCUGGUGGUGCUGCGGGGUUUUUCAAGGGACUGGGAAAAGGUGUGGUUGGUGUGGUGGCACGUCCUGCCGGAGGUUUGGUUGACUUUGCGAGCAGCACAUUCGAAGGAAUUAAAGGUUCUGCCAGCAGUGGAAGUGAAGUUAAACGAUUACGACCACCCAGAUGUUUCUACGCUGACAAGGUAAUCAAGCCAUAUAAUCUGCACGAAGCCCAAGGAAACGCCGUACUGCAGGAAACUAAGAAAACGAGAGCUGUCUUGGUGGACGACACUUAUUUCUGUCACAGUCGUCUUAACAUUAAGAAAACACUUCUUAUCACAAACAAACACAUCAUAGUUGCUGGUAAAACAGAAGUGUUUGAAGCGUGGCAAAUUGAUUGGAUGUGUAGAUUUGACGAACUCACUGGUGAACCGACAACUGAAGGAGAAAGACUUGUUCUAAAAGUGCCGGACAAAUCUAAAGCAAAAGGUAUAUUUAAACGGCAGUCAGACGAUACGAAAAUUUUGACGCCCAGCCCAGAAGUGGCUCAGUGGCUGGUUGGAAAAAUCAAAGAGGCCCGGUCUUAAAUUGCAGUGCCUUCAAUGAGCAGUUCAGAAUGCACGCUUUCCAGUUCAUUGAAGAAUUCAUAAUUUCGUGGUGAAGACAGCAAAGAACUAUUCUUUCAAUAAUAGGAUUAAAAGGUCAUACAGAAACUAGCCUUAGCUUAGUUCUGUUAGCAGCCGGAGGAUGAGAAUUUUUUGAAAUGUAGAGAGCACUUUACAAUUAUUUUUUGAGUAAUAAGGUACAUAAUGCGAAACGCAAGUGAAAUACAACAGACCCUACGUCGAUGGUCUCUUUUAUCUAAAGUUGCUAGGUAUUCUGAUUUUCCGAAAUUACCAAUUUUUAGUAGCACUUUUACAUUUCCAAGCAGUUAGUUAUGAUCCGGUAUACAUGCAAAGAGAGCAGUUCAGAAAGGUUUUUCAUUUAACUAAUCUAAAAGAAGGAUGUUUUUCGUCUUGUCACGCGUCUGGGACAAAUAGGAAGAAAUUCUGAAUUACCAUAAAGAAUCGAGUCUUACACCAUCAGUCUGGCAGCUUUUUCUUUGUCUCACGCCCGUGAAAGAUAAAAAGUAUUUUUCGUUUCACUACCGAGUUCAAAACUCGCCAUUUUUACUAUUCAAUUUACUGAAACAAAUCUUGUUAUGAAGAUGUUUCACGGCUUUUCACUGUAGUGAUAUACAACACAGAUAAAAGUUUACAGCGAGUGUUUUCAAUUCAGUUUUCAGUAUCGUUCGCAUAGCGAGCCAAUGAUUAAAUAAUAAAAUAAUUAAAUAGGGUAAAACCAGAAAUAAUGAAAUGAUAUUAAAAAACUUUGAUAUGAAACUCACUGUUAAAAGAUGGAUAACAUUGAAAUAUGCGAGGAAAAUCUCGCUGAUCGCGAUCGUGCGGUAUUCAAUAUUUAGAUAACUGACAACAAAUUGACAGGACUUCCUGCAGUUCCCUUUUCCUAGAAGAAUCGAUAAGCAUCGUGCAAGUGAAGGGAGCUCAGAGAUGUUCAGAUAACAACUGAAAGCUUGGGUUAAUUUUGUAAUUCGUUAGAUUAAUUAAUAAAAUCAGAUAAUGAAGUGGUCAAGGAAGUUAA